UAUAACAGUUUAUGGUGGAGAGUGGAACAUCUUAAUUGGGAAGGUGCUCACUACUCAUUGAAACGUGAAACUCGCACAUUUCUUGAAAAAAGAAGAAAAAGACGACACGUUUACAUUGGAAAAAGCCUAAAAGGACCUCAAUUCAGAGCUGUUAUAUUUGACUGAACACAGUCAUUUGAAACAAGUGCUAUAGAAGAAUACAAAGUCUUUCGACUCGGGAGGGCUGAGGAGUUGCAGAGACAACUUGUAGAAUAGACUGUCCGACGUCUCUUCAAGUAAGAGUUUGUAAAGCAUUUGUAUUUUCCUUUUACAUAUCUAUAUCGGACGUUUAGUUUCAAUCAUAAGCCGGUCUGUCUGCACAGUCAGGCUAAUCUGUGUUUAUCGCACUUCUCAGAACUGGACUUCUCAGAAGUAUAACUUCUGUCUUUCGUUAUAAGUGCUGAAUUCAAAACGCGCAGCGCACACACAGACACAGACGCGAGUUCUGGUUAGGGUUCUAUGUCUACCAAGAUGGAAACUACUUUCUACGACGAUACACUCAAUGCCUUCUCACAGCCAGAGUCCUCCGGCUACGGAUACAACCCCAAAGCCCUGAAGCAGAGCCUGACUUUGAACCUGCUGGACCCCCCGCUGAACAUGAAACCGCACCUGCGGGCCAGGGCAAGCGACAUCCUCACAUCCCCGGAUGUUGGGCUUCUCAAACUGGCCUCCCCCGAACUGGAGCGGCUUAUCAUCCAGUCCAGCAACGGUAUGAUCACCACGACCCCCACCCCGACCCAGUUCCUCUGCCCGAGAAACGUUACCGACGAGCAGGAGGGUUUUGCUGACGGGUUCGUGCGGGCACUGGCCGAGCUGCACUACCAGCACAACGGCUCCACCAGCGUAACUUCUGCGACAGAGACUUCUUCGGCCACCGGCAUGACACCCAUCUCAUCUAUGAUUGUCAACAGUGUUUUCAGCGCAAACAUGCAGCCGGAACCACCGGUGUAUACCAGCCUGAACACCUUCAAUCCAACUAACUCGACGGCGGCGGCAGCACCCGGCUUCAGCAAUGCAAACAACCUGAACUAUCAGCCUCAGCAUCACAUGAACACCCAGGUGCAGAUUCAGCACCCGCGGCUGCAGGCGCUGAAAGAGGAGCCCCAGACGGUGCCCGAGAUGCCCGGCGAGACCCCGCCGCUCUCCCCGAUCGACAUGGAGAACCAGGAGAGGAUCAAAGCCGAGAGGAAGCGCAUGAGAAACAGAGUCGCAGCUUCCAAGUGCCGGAAGAGGAAACUGGAGAGGAUCUCCAGGCUCGAAGACAAAGUGAAAAACUUGAAGUCCCAGAACUCCGAGCUGGCGUCCUCCGCUAACUUGCUGCGAGAGCAGGUGGCGCAGCUCAAGCAGAAAGUCAUGAACCACGUCAAUAGCGGCUGCCAGCUCAUGCUGACCCAGCAGCUGCAAACAUUCUGAGAGCGCAACCCUGCUACCGCUGCUCCUCCAAAAAAGAGACAGUCCGAGAACGGGACGAAGUUUACACAGUAAUGAAUGAAUGAGUGAAGACAAUGAAACUAAGUGUCACAGCCGUGAGACUGCAGAGGCGAGAUCCUUGGCUGCACGCUGGAGUAUAGAGAGAGAGAGAGAGAGAGAGAGAGAGAGAGACUUGUCUUGAGCAUGAUAAGAAGAGCUGUCUCGGGCUGGGUUCGUGACAACAACAACGAAUAACAAAAAAGACACAAGCGCUUUCUUAUUCAAGAGACACUAUCAUUGCGUUAACGUUGACCAAGUUGUGCAUGGACCCCGUGACAUUCAAAGAUCAUUCAGUAUUAAAACAAAGUUAAACAAAACGAAACAAAAAAACUGCAAUAGAUACUUUGGUUUGCUUCUGUUGUAGCGACGUCAUGAGAAGGCGUAGAAAGUAAAAAAGGCAGGUUGAAAAAGCUGUCUGGCUUGAUUGUAUGUGUAAUGUAAAUAUUGUUCACUUUAUAUAUACCUGUAUGUAUAUAAGCUGAUGUCAUGUUAAUGCAGUAAACGUUUCACGCUUUGUAAGUUAUUAUGGUUUGUAUGUUGCUCUGGCGGUUAAGCCCAGUACUAUUUGUAAAUAAGAGGAAUUUUGGAGACUCAUAAGUUUGCCAUUUGUAAUAAAAUAUAUAAUUUUUUUAUGUUCGUUUUCUGAAAGUUCAGAAACAAAGCGAUUAUAUUUAAGACAUGUAUAAAUAAAGCAUCUAAAACGAA